AGCCGUCUGUACUGUAUAACAAACGAAUCCCGCGACAUUAAAGGAAUAUAACGCCGCGAGUCUCCGUCGUGCAAAUGGACGAUGUGACACAUUCUCGAUUGCACAACAUAGACACCUCGCCAAAUUCUCAAACGCUCAGUUUAAUUUCGCUCGGCCGUGAUGAAACGUUGACUCGGCAAAUUGUACCGAAACUUUGUGGCGUCGUCGGCCAGAUCGAAGAAGAGGAGAGUGCGAAGAAAUCGCCUUCAGAAAUGCUGAACGUCAAACACCUGAACGAGGACAAGCUCCCUUUUAUCUCGGACGAAAGCCAGGCUGAGACUAAAGUAAAGUUCCCAUACGUGCACAUCAGAAGGCCAAUCUCGAAGGGCGUCGCAAAUCACUUGAGUAGAUGGCCGAACGAGUUGUCCAGCUUGUUCGUAGUAGCGUGUCUUAUCAUGAGCCUGAUUCUCGUCACGUUCGUCACGCUUGUCAUGAUGAUAAUUUGCUCACCUGCGGCGAAGUACAAGUGCGAUUUGGGAAGCUUUGUGGACGAGCGAGCUUUUAAUGUCUACUUCGUGAAGGAAACAACGCAGACCUGGUCGAGAGAGGAGUUUUGCUAUAUCGAGACCGCAGCAAGAAAAUAUCCUGCAUUGAAUAUAUAUUUAGUCAACUUGAUACGGACUAGCGGCGUGCGUCUGAACACGCCGGAAGUUCAUUUGAGAACGGCGUUAAUUACCCACAACGCUAAUAUCUGCGAUGGUGAUUUCUCUAUCGAUGAACUCUUCAGCAGGUCAAAACUGUCGAACAUUGCGGGAGGUUUCAGCAACGAAUUGCUAUUACUGGCGGCGAAAGCAUACCUACUGUGGAAUUCCCCUGGGAUCGCUAUGCAUCCCAGUGCCUAUUGCAAUUUGGCAACCAUCAACAGGCCUUUGUGCAACAGAGAAGGGGUACAGGAUUGUGUUACACCAAACAUAUCGGUCGCGAUCGAUCUAACACUUGAUUUGCAAGCAACGGAAGUGCAUUGUCAAGCAUUCCUGGGAUUUUUGCUACAGGAGUUAUCGAAGAAUGUCACGCGAAUCUACAGUAUGAAAGACGCAUUGGACAAAUUCUGUCUGAGGUAUAUGUGUGUAAUUAACAUCUUUAUUUCCGUACUUCCUUGUUCAAUUGGUUCCGCUCGUUUUAGUCUCUUGCGUGUUGUCCCAUUAUUUUUAGAAUCUCACGAUUCUCGAAGAAUAUGUCACACGAUUGUAAAUUAUUUCACAGGAUCGACAAGUGUCCUGAAGUGCGAAUGCUUGAUUUAAGAUCGGCUUGCUCGGUCAACGAUCUCAAUUGUCCUACCGUUUAUGCGGCAGACAAUGCGAUGUAAU